CAUAGCACACAACAAAAUGGGGGCUUGUGGAUUUCACCUGUCUUUAAUUGUUGUUAGUUUGGGGAUAAAAUUUGUGUGGGGAGAUACAGAUCCCUUUUUCUUGAGUCAUGCGGUGGGAAUCAACUACGGGAGGCUGGCAGACAAUCUGCCACCGCCAUCAAAAGCAGUGGAGCUGAUCAAGAGUAUUAACGCAGGCUAUGUCAAAAUCUACGACGCGGACUCAGAAGUCCUCAAGGCGCUGGCCAACAGCACCCUCCCUGUUGUGAUCACGGUUGCAAAUGAAGAAGUUUCAGGCAUAGCCUCCAGCACUACCACUUCAGACCAAUGGCUUCAAACCAACGUUCUUCCUUACUAUCCCCUAACCAAAAUUUCCAUCAUCAUGGUGGGCAACGAGAUUCUGUCACACACCGAACUACAGUCCGUGUGGCCUCAGCUAGUCCCCGCAAUGCAAAACAUGCACGCCUCCUUACAGAAGUUGAAUCUAGACUCCUCCAUCAAAGUAACCACAUCUAUAGGCAUGGACGCCCUCUCUUCCUCUUACCCGCCCUCCAACGGCUCCUUCAAACAAGAAAUUGCCAUGUCAGUAAUACAGCCCAUGCUCAGCUUCCUCAGUGCCACGGAUUCUUAUUUCUUCCUGGAUGUGUACCCUUUCUUCGCCUGGAAUUCCGACCCCGCCAACAUAUCUCUGGACUAUGUGCUCUUUGGCGAGAUCACGGCGGACGUAGUACAGGACGGCACUCUGAGUUACUUGAUCUGA